AUGGCUCUCUCAAAAUAUCUCCUCGCUUCUCUCCUGGCCAGUCUGGCAUCCGCCACCCGCGAUCACAAGCGAGGACUCUGCUUCGUCCCCAAUGAGAAAGAACCUCAAGACGACAACAUCUGGGUCCAGAGUGGCAGCAAUAUUACAUGGUACUACAACUACGGCGACAAGCCUUCUCCUGUAUACAGAGAUGUCCCCCAAGAACAGUUCGAGUUUGUGCCCAUGAUGUGGGGUGUAGGAGAGGACUCAAGCGACACGACAUUUCUUCAGCAUGUCAAGAGUCUUAUCAACGACGGGGUCAACAUCACACAUGUGCUAGGUUUCAACGAACCAGAUGCUGGGAACGAUGUUGGCGGUAGUAACAUUGCACCAAAGGUCGCUGCUGAAGCAUGGGUCGCCAACUUUGAACCCCUGGGCGAGAUGGGUGUGAAACUAGGUCUUCCUGCUUGUACCGGCGGCUGGGGUGGCAUGCCCUGGCUAAGGCAGUUCUUGGGUAACUGCACUGAGAUAAAGAGUCAAGGCGGUCCCAAGAAGAACUGCACAUGGGACUAUCUCCCUGUGCAUUGGUACGACAACUUUGAAGGUUUGGCAUCUCACGUUGGUGAGCGUCUUGCCGAAUGGCCCAAUGCCUCGAUAUGGGUUACAGAAUACGCCUACGCGCACCAAGAACUCAAACCCACCGAAGCUUUCUUUGAGCAGACACUCAAAUGGUUUGACGAGUCAAAAUUCAUCGGCCGAUACACGUACUUUGGCGCAUUUCGCUCUGAUGUAUCCAACGUUGGCUCCAACGCCGCUUUCCUCUCGAAACAGGGGCGUCUUACAACCAUUGGCGCACAAUACCUAGGGCUCACUACAACAGGCGUAAACACUGCUACGCUUAGCCUCCCAAGUGUAGGACUGUUGGCACUGGUGUUGGCCGCUGUAUUUAAAAUGGUUUUCUAG